UGUCACUUGGUCGUGGCUUGCUCUUUCAGUCAUUCUCACUCUCGUUCGCUUUGCCACACAUAUGUUUCAGUCUAGCCGGUGUAAUGUGUGAGCGUAAAAGCUUUGAAGGACAAUUUGUGCCUGUACGGAACAGGUUGAUGGACCCACAAUGUGUGUGAGACAUGACCAACAAGGCCCCCUGGGAUAACUCGAGCAGUACGUACAGCAUGGAGCCAACAGCUGGCUGCUCCCCCACAGUUCCAGAGCCAGAGCUCUACCGCAGUGUUCAGGCUGUGCUGCCCAGAGACACAGAUAUGCAGCAGCCACCAGACUAUGCCAACAAAGGAAUGCUGAGAUGGACACUUCACAAAAAGGUUCAAAACAAUCCUGUCAACAGCCUGUCUCUGAUGUGGGUACUGAUUAAAGAGCUGGAAAAGGCUGAGCGAUGGGACUCUCGCAGAUUCAUCAUCCCUUUGCUUCACACACUGAUGUAUACCAUCUUUCAGACAGCCUACAUUCCAGAUGAACUGUACAAGCGGGUGUACGACUUUUGCAAGAGACUACUGACCUACCCUCAUCCGUACUGCACUGUAGGCCUCAGCUACACAAGACAAAUAAAAACUGAACGCUUCAUUCCAGGUCUGAUGUAUCAGAGGAUGGUCACAGCUGAGCAGAGGCUAAAAAAUGAGCACUAUCCCUUCCAGGAGAGGGUUUUUGUUUUGGCUGACCCAGAGGUCUUCUGUGGUUCCUUGAUGCAUGUCCUGGUGAAUGAUUUUGAGGCGUCUGCUUCAGCUUCAAGUGGAUUUCUAAAUCCAUCAGAUCACAUGCGCAGUGUGAUCCAACACUCCAUACAGGCAGCUUUAGGAGCAGAUCAGUGCCACGGGCCAAAACUGGCUCAAGCCCUGAAGGACUUGGGUGAAGACAUUGAGCCGCACUUUCAGGAAGUGCUGGCGAUUCUCGAGCAGAGCGUGGAGGAGGGCGGCAGAGCGGAGAGGGGAGCGCUGAAGAGCCGUCUUCACCGACUGUACAGCGACAUUGUUAGUGGCACACACUCAGAGCCAUUGUCUGGCGCACCACUGUGUGACUGCCCUCUUCCUAACCCAGAGAUGAGCUUCCACCUGUGGACAGAGGAUCUGGAUAUAUGGCGUGAGCUGGCCCAGUGGUUCCGAUCCAGAUCCAUGUCAGAGAAUUUCUCUGUCAGCCAGGAGCAGGAGGACUUUGAGCUGGAAGAACUGCUUAGCGACCUCGACAUGACUCGCUUCUCCAUUAUGUCCAGCGACAGCGGCAUUGAAAGGGACCUGCCCCCCGGUGCUGAUUCACUGCCAUCAUCAUCCCCUGACACCACAAGCAUGAGUGAAUCAUGGGAACAAUGCAAAAUUGAGCAAGACUCCAUGAAGCUCUCACGGCGUAGAGCCAUCAAGAUGAAACCAAAUGUGAAGGACAGUAUGGUGCUGAUGCAGGACACGAUGGGUGACCAAGCAAGCCUCAGAGUAGGAGGGGAAAGUGGAAGAAGAAAAGGGGCCACUCUACAGAGGCACGCUGGAAACACUGCAAUGCAUAAUCCUUUUCCUAAGCAACAGAGACACUUUACUGCCAGGAUAGUCGCCAUGGGGGAUGACAGGAUACUGGGCCGCCUGGCCAAUGCCUACUACUUACUGAGGAAAAGGGAAGCACGAAGGCUUUUUCUUACAAUGAAAGUCAACCUCCAGUUUUACUACAUCCCUGUUUUCACGGAUCCAACUCCUGUCUCUUCAGUCAAGGAAAACUUCCAUCCUUCCCGUGGGGAUCCCUGUGCUCUUGGUUCCUAUUUGAGCAAUGUGGACCCAUGGUACAACUGUAACAUCAAGAGUUUGGGCUGCAUGAUUCCCAAGCUGGCUAAGAUGCUGAAAGAAAACCCUGGAAGGCCAAAAGAUCCCUUCAUCUCUGAUGUCAUUUCCUACUACGUCCGUAGCGGCCAGCAGCCUGUCCACUUUACCAUCUACUCUGUUAAGAUCACAUUCCCACAAGUGACCAGAAAGGACCCUGAGGAAACUGUGUUCCUUACCCAUGUGGAUGUGGACUAUCCUGAAUUCAGACAUAUCUCAGCAUCAGUUAAAGAUAAACAGAAGAAGAGUUCAGGGGAGGUGUGCGGCGCUGUUGUGUCUAUGACUUACACAAAGGUGACAUUAAGCGGCCGAGACAUUGAAAAAGGAAUGUCACUCAGGACGACGGGUGCUCAAAUCAGCGCCAUUCCAUCCAGCGAAGCAGAAGACCUGAACUGUUUGACACUGACAUUAAACGAAUCUCAAACAAAAACGAAAAACAACGUCGUGGAGUCAAAGAUUCGAACCAGCAAGAUCAAGAUUCGCUCAUUGGAGAGUCGUACUUUCACUGUUACACUGGACAGAGAUUGUCGCAGAACCUACAAAAAUGUGCAGAGCAUCGAGAUCACCCCUUGCCUGGAUCCCGGAUACUGUGUGCAGAAAACCAGGUCCAAAUAUAAGCUGGGAGACGACAGAGAUGCUGGACUUAGCAAAUACAUGUGCAAAGGACUUCCUCUACCGAUCAACACAUUUGCUGGCAUCAUCAACUGAGACACUUGAUAGCAGGAAUGGAAGGACAUCGUCUUGGUCAUUAAAACAGGAGUCUGAUCUGACACACCUUUGACCUAUAAAGAGCUGCUUCUGAAACCAAAACGUUCCAUUUCUGUGGGUCGGGACUGACGUAUUAGCAAAAAGACUAAAUGUACACACACACUCGUAUCACUAGUACUAGUAUUGAUGGAAAAACCUGUGGGCUGCCUUAACAGUGACAAGAACACAUUUUUUUAACGCUGCAGUCUAUAAUUGAACUUCAGCGGUGUUGCCUGCUGUGCAAACCGUACGACAGGCAGUCACCAUAUGAAAACUGGAAAAAUGCCAAAGGUCAACGCAGCCUUUGAACCUGGACAGACCAACAGGGAAAAUCAAGCAAGCAAAGGUAUUAACCUCCACACAUAGAAGACUACAGGACUGCUGACAUUUGGAUCGGUAAUCAUGUGACAUUAAAAUAUAAAUCUGGUAAAUUCACUUUACUACAAAGUGAAUCAGUUCUGAAGGGUUGAUUGUAACAGUUACUCUACUUCAUAGACACACUACUUUUUACCUCCCUCUUCGGCUAACACCCACAGAGUACACACACCAAUAAAAAGCAGAUACAUAGCCUCACUUGACCUGUCAGCUAUUGAAACAUGAAAUACUGGUACGAUGACGGCUGACAAACAUUGUUGCUUUUGUUUCAGGUGUACCAAUCAAAUAACUUGUUAUUCCUGUCCCUGUUACAUAAAGUAAGCUGAUAUGAAAUUGUAAAAUGAUUGACAGUCACCUUGGAGUUAGUCUUCGGCAACUACCCUAUGCACCACGUAGCAAUUAGAACUGCGUGCAAUUAUCGGAUGCGAUAAUGCACAGAGCGACAGAAAGUAGCUGUUAGACUGUCUUUGGAGCUGCCAGCUACCAACCAGAGGUGCAAGUUUCUGUGUUGCGUGAUUUCUAAUUUACAAGAGAAACAGCUAAGCUAGGGGGCACUCGAAACCAAAAGUUGUACACAUCAGGAAAUGUCUCAAAUGUGUCAGCUUUGAGGUGUGAAAGUGGCCUCUGAUUCCCAUCCGCUCACCACGUUGUGUUAGAUGAUGCACCAGUGUGUUAAAGUGGAUCUGUUUGCACUAAAACACAUAUUGUUGUUUAGAAUUUCAGCUUCGUGUAAAACAUGUGAUAUGACUUAUGGCUACAUGUGUAUUAGUGUUUUUACUGUAUGUGUCAUAAUUAUGGAAACAUCCCCUUGAUUUGUAGUCAUGUGAUACUCUGUAAGUCAUAGAGGUCUGCUCAAGAUCUGACGCAACUAUCGAGUCAGUUGCUUUUGAUGGAAAAAGUCUUGCUUUUACACAUCUACGGUAUGUUACCCAUCUAACAACAGAUUACUUUAAUGAGUCUCUUCAGGUGUGAGAAUCAGGAACAGGAAGGGACAUUUUAAUCAGGUGCAUGACAUCAUGUGAGUGUGUGUUUCUGUGAGUGUUUUGGCCUGCCGGGGUGAAAUCAUGAGUUUGGAAUUCAUGAUGUAUUUUGCACAUUUAUUUUCUUUUGCGUCAUAUAUGAAGGAUGCCGUUCUAAAUCAAAAUCUAAUUGUGUAAAUAAAUUAUUUUGUUUUGUACAA